AACCUUGCUCCGUAAGAUCGUCGGUAUCAAAUCUUUUUGGAACCGAGUUGAUCGAUUUCGAGGAACAAUUUUGCCGAUUCAGAAAUGACAAACCAUGGGCGCCAGGAGUUUAUGUAGCUAUUGUUUUCUUCAGUUUGAUUGGUUUAGUGGCUAUUCUUGGUACGAGUUACGAUAUUUGGAAAACGCUAAUUCAGAAACGAGAUCCCAAGUCUCUCAAUAGAACUUGUUUAUCGUUCUCAGUAUACGCAAAUGCCAGUCGUCUAGUCAUAUUUAACCCAGUUCGCGGUGCUAUAGAAUGUGUCGAUGGCAUUAGAGCAAUAUCUAUGGUUUGGGUAGCAAUUGGACACUUCUUUGGUGCUUUUCCACCAAUUAUAAAUAUUGCGGACUAUUAUCAGUGGGCUACGUCAGCUAGUUCAAUUUGGAUGACCACAGCCCAAACUGGUGUGGACACAUUCUUCAUGCUAAGCGGUUUAAUGAUCGUCUACACUACUGUUGGAAAAGUUACCAGUAUGAAACUAUUAAAGAACCUUCAUUUAUUUUACCUCAAUCGACUUCUACGAAUGUUUCCUCUACUAGCCACGGCUGUGUUGUUGCAAGUUGGUGUACUACAUUAUAUUCAUGACGGUGCAGCGUGGAAUAUAGUAGCUACAGCAACUAGAGAUUGUAGAACGCACUGGUGGAUAACAAUGCUUUAUAUGCAAAAUUUUUUUCGACCAAUGUGUUUAUCUCAUACCUGGUACUUGGCAAUUGAUAUGCAACUACAUAUCCUGUCUCCGUUAGUUUUAGUCUGGGUUUUGUCGGGCAAAAAAAAAGUCGCGUGGUCAGGUUUGAUUGUUGCAUUAUUAGUUGCCCUCACAGCAUCGUCAAUUUACAACUUUAUGAACAAUUUCGUUGGUUCUACUAUACGACCAAUAUUGCGGCCUGGAGAAGGCGAUAGAUAUUCUAGAUUAUAUUACGACAGUACAUUGACAAGAUGUUCACCUUUCUUUGUUGGGAUGUGUUUUGGAUAUUUGAUCCAUUUUUGGCGAGAAAAGAAUAUUCGAUUAACAAAGAUCAUGAAUAGUGUAUUAUGGAUCGUCAACUUAACCGUACUAUUUUUGGCCUUCUACGCAACCACGCCGAUGAAAAAUGUAGAGUACGAUAACCAAACUUUUGACAACUUAGCGAACUCCUUUAUGCGACCAGCGUGGGCUCUUGGAGUUGGCUGGCUCGUUCUCGCUUGCGCUGAAGGUUACGGAGGCCCGAUCAACUGGUUCCUGUCACUACGAAUGUGGAAAUUGCCGUCUCGGCUUUCUUUCGCGAUAUAUUUGUUGCACGUGCCCAUACAAUUCGUCAUAGUCGGAGCAGCCACGCAACAGACUUACUUUUCCGUGUUGAAUUUUAUUUACAAGUUUUGCGGCAGCUUUGUGAUAUAUUUCAUAGCCAGCUUUGUUUUUACAAUUCUGGUGGAAUCUCCGUUUUCCAAUAUUGUCAAGAUGCUCUUAGGAAGUGGUAUUAAAAAAUCUGAUCCAGAGCAUCGAGGUAAUGAAAAGCCAUCCGAAAAUCAACUUGUCACUAGUCAGCAACAAAACGAGUUAAUCAAUGAACAUAAUAAAAACACAAUAUGAGUUUUUUAAAUGUUUCAUUGUUGCGUUUAAUUUACGGUUAUUUAUAUAUAAGCGUACCGUAUUUGAGCUUCGUAUUGAAAUGUCAGUUGUAGCUAUUUUUUGUUAAAUUU